CGUCUUGGUGCCCUUCGUCGAGAGGCCGCCACCACCCUACACUUAAUACGGUGCCACCAUCACGCCACUGGUCUCGGUGCUCCUCAAUGAAGAAGAUUGUUCAGGAUGCGGAGCGGACUCUGACUCCGGGGGCAUGCCAGCCAGCACUCUUCGAUUCUUGGUGAUACGGCCGUGCCUGACUAUCAGUCUCGCGAUCGCUUGGAAUGGAAGCGCGUUCGACAUUUCUGGCGUCUGCUACUUGCCACAGGUCUCCGCAACCAUCUGGACCCUGAAGAAUUUGGCGCAUUGGACGCGCAUAUCCAACACGCCUGCAGCGUGCGGGUUCGACUGCAUGGUGUGUUCCGUGCAUGGGGCAGGCCAAACUACUUUUCCGCUAUCAGCUCUUCGGCGCUUCUGGAACGCCUUCACGCGCCGUCUUCUCCAUAUUCAGUUGGCGAUAAGAUGGUACCAUUACCUGGGUAGUCGUGAUCUCCGCCCACCUACAUGGUUGCGCAUGUAUCCCUGGGUUUGUUUCAAUACCAGCGGUGUCGUGCUCCGCACCACCUUCCUUUUCGCACUUAGAUAGUACCACCAUUUCGCUGCCGGAAUGCAAGAGUUCCAUCUGAUUGGCAGCUGCGUACGACCUCGCCGCGAUUUGCUAUCGCUUCAAGUCCUAGCGUU